AUGAUUUGCCUAAGCUGGAACUGCCGAGAAUUGGGCAAUCCUCGGACAGUUCAGGACCUUUGCCUAUUGGUAAAGGUGAAUAAGCCCGAUGUGGUUUUUCUCAUGGAAGUUAUGAUUAAGGCUGGAAGAGUAGAGGCCUUAAAAAGAAGGUUGGAACUGGAUAACUGUCUAGUUGUAGAACCUAUUGGAAAGAGAGGGGGUUUAGCUUUGUUUUGGGGUAGAGGGGUGCAGUUGGAGAUUUUAAAUUUCUCCCAAUGGCAUAUUAGUAGCAAAAUUAGGAAGGAAGGGGGAAAAAAGGAAUGGUUCUUUACUGGGUUUUAUGGGCACCCUGACUCUUCAAAGAGAAAUUUGUCUUGGGAGCUUCUAGCUUCCUUGGUUCCAAAAAAAGGAGAGGCCUGGUGUGUGGCUAGGGAUUUUAACGAAAUAUUGUUACAAUCUGAAAAAGUGGGGGGUAAACUGAGAGAUGAGAAGAGUAUGGGUCAAUUUAGGGAGGUAUUGGAGGAAAAACAGUUAACAGAUUUAGGGUGUUGGGGAUGCCCCUUCACAUGGAGCAAUAAGCAUGAGGACCAUACCUUUACUAAGGAGAGGUUAGACAGAUUUUUAGGCAAUCAUGAAUGGAGGAAUAUAUUCAAAAAAGUGAAAGUGGUAGGGCUCACUGCUCUCUUCUCUGACCAUAAACCUAUAUUGAUGAUAGCUUUUGAUUCCUCUCACACUUUUGUUAAAAGAAGUAGAAGAUUUAACUUUGAAGCUUCAUGGGUGAAGAAUGAAGAACGUGAGAGGUAG